AUGUCCCAGUUUCCAGACUACUAUCGCCUACUAGGAAUCUCAAGAACUGCAACUCAAGAUGAGAUUCGUCAAGCAUAUAAACAAGAGUCCUUAAGAACCCACCCAGAUAGGCUUGUGAAUGCUAUUCCAGAGGAGAAACAGAAGGCUACCGAGAGAUUUCAGGCGGUAGCAGAUGCCUACUAUGUUCUCUCAGACAAAACUCGUCGCCGGGAAUAUGACCAACUAUACAACUCCCGUACAUCCAACGAUCGCAGCGGGGAUCCAGGCUCAUCUUCCAACUUCUUUUCCCAAUUUGCGGGGAUGUUCGGCGGCGCAAAUGCUAACAACGGGGAAACUAAUGGCGGAACCCAACGUCCCGAUGCUGACGAUGUGUUUGUGGAUGUAUUUGACGAGCUUCUCAGGCCUGAAGUUGAACGGCACAUUCCAUUGUGGACGUAUUUGGGGGCUGUGUGCGGAGCCGGCGUCGGUUUUAUUAUUGCAAACAUUCCUGGUUCAAUGAUCGGAGCAUAUGCGGGUAAUCGCUUGGGUGCUAUACGAGAUGCGAAGGGAAAGAGUGUCGCUAGUGUGUUCAACGACCUUGGUGGCAAUCGGAAAGCGGAGAUUCUCCGUGCUCUCGCCUUGAAGGUCCUCGGUUCCGCGUUAUAG